ACAGAGAGAGAGACACACCCACCUUUUAUAAGUCCACUGUCUCACUUUCUUCUGAAAGACGUCCAGUGUCCAGCUUGUCAAACUGGCUAGUCGGUCAUGAAGAAGCUGGGGUUGCUGCUGCUCGGAGCGAUGCUCUGUCUGUGUGUGUCCGUUGCAUCGAACGCACAACUUGACCUGCAGGGAGACACAAUGAUACCAGAGAAAGAAGGCAUUUUGCAGCUUGAAAAGGGGAACUUCAAAAGGGCUCUGAAAAAACACAAGCAGCUGUUGGUGCACUUCUACACUCCACUGACAUCAGAAGGUCAUCGUGUUGCAGCUGCAUUUGAAGCUGCUGCUGCAGAGCUUCAGGGGUCAGAGGUCAAGCUGGCAGUCAUUGAUGUGACAAAGGAAAAAGAGUUGGUGAAAAAGCUCCAUGUGAGUGGACAGCCCAGCAUCAAACUCUACCUCUCUGGAGAUGUAACCAACCCGGCUCUCUGCCCUGUUCCUCAGAGUUCAGCUUCCAUCUUGACUUGGCUGCAAAGGAGGGCGGGGACAUCUGCUGAUCUCAUUGCAGAUCUGAGCCAAUUAGAGGCCAGUGACGAUCUAAUAGUGGUUGGUUUCUUCAAGGAGCUGAACCAUGAGUACAUUCAGGUGUUUUACGCUGCAGCCAUUGACCUCCCUGACAUCCGCUUUGCUGUGACGCAGGAUGAUGAAGUCAUCAGCAAAUAUACUGUCACUCAAGAUGUUGUUCUGCUGCUCAAAAAAUCUCAGCUCAUUCAGACGUACACGAUGAGGCCAGAUACACCUAAAGAGGAGUUGGUUGUUUUCAUCUCUGUCUACCAGAUGGAUCCAGUUACUGAAUACAACGGCCAGACAGCCUCACAGAUCCUAGGUUCACCUGUGUUAAACCACGCCCUGCUCUUUGUCAACAAAAGCUCUGAGGACUUUAGAGAGAUUUUCUCUGCUUUCCACAACGCUGCAGAGGCAUUUAGGCUGAAGAUCCUGUUCGUCUUGGUGAACGUGGAUGAACAUCGUAACGGCAGACUCAUGGAGUACUUCCGGGUUCGGCACUUUGAUGCUCCUCACAUCCGAUUGGUAAAUCUGACAGAUCAAAUAACCUAUCAAAUGCUGUCUGAAACUUUGGAUGUAGAGAGCAUAAAACAAUUCUGCCAGUCCUACCUCGAAGGAAAGGCUAAGCCCAAGUUGAUGAGUGAGCCUAUUCCUGAAAGAUGGGAUCAGAAACCCGUUAAGGAGCUGGUAGGAAUGACUCUGGAGAAAGUAGCCUUCAACCCCAACAAGACUGUUUUUGUCUUGUUUUAUCUGGCAUACAGUGAAAUGUCCCGUGCCGUGUUUCCACUGUGGGAGGAGCUGGCUGAAGUCGUCAAGGAUUGGGAGGAUGUGGUCAUUGCUCAAAUCGACGCCUCGGCCAAUGAUAUCAACAUGUCAAUGCAGGGUUCCUACCCAUCCCUCUGCCUGUUUCCUGCUCUGUACGCUGAGAGGGUGGUGGUUUAUACUGGGAAAAGGAACAUAAAAAACUUGGUUAGGUUUAUGGAUAAAGAGAUGAAAAAGGCCAAAAGAGACAGAGUUAAGGAGGAUGAAGACAGGAUGAAGUACAUAGAGACUCUCAAGACAGAAGAAACAAAAAAAACCAAACCCAAAGAUGAGCUUUGAUACAGCAACUCAAAGUAAUGUCUGUAUGCGUCAUUUGGCUUUUAAGAAUUUUUUUAAAACAUUUUUUUUUUACUUGAACCACAUUCCUGUGAAAAAGUAUUUUCUACCUUGCAGAUGACCUCUGUUUUAGAGAAUCACACUUUGUUUGAGCAAAUAAUUUCCAUAUAUUAUUACAUUUUCUUUAUUAACAUCUAAAUCAAGCUUAAAAAUAGUUAAAGCAAGAAUGAAAUGCAAAUUACCACAUUUUCUAUUCAUUUUAUUACUACCAGACCUGUAGAAUCAGAAAAUCUCUUAAGUGCUAGGGUUGGUGGCGGGUCCGACUCAAGGUAGAGUUUAAUGACGUAAGGCUAAAAGAUUUUCAAUGGUCCAAUUCUUUAAUGAUCUGAUUUAAGAACUUUCACAAACAGAUAUUUUCAUGCAGAAGUGGGUUGUUUUGGAUCCUUUAAUAAAUUAAAUUGUUGUUUGAAAA